AUGGAACAAGCUCUUUUAUCCAUAAUGCUGUCCACUGCGUUUCUCUUUUCAACAUGCAACUGCUCGAAAAAGCGACGAUUGGAAGAAGCUAGGUCAAUGGCCUUUGACGAUGCUGGAGACCGUGUUUUGAGGAAAAAAGUGAAAGUUGAAAUUGCGCGGCCAUCUGGUAAAUUGCAACUGCAUCCUAACCAGUUUUCACGCGAAGCUCCAGAAAAGGGGAGAGUAACAAAAGUGAAGUUA